AUGGAUAAUGAUAAUGAUUGGUUAGAUUUUUUUAAUAAAGAAAAUAUUCCUGAAAAAAAUCAAGAUAAUUGGCAAUUUUCUGGUUUAACUAUUGAAGAAUGUAAAAUAGCAAUAAAUAAUGGAUGGGAUAAUGAAAAUAAUAAUUUAAUAUUAAAUUAUUACAUUAAACAUCGAAAUUUUAAAAAAAUAAAUGUUUUAAAAAUAAAAAAAUCUGAAUUAAAUAAAUCACUUGAUAUUCUUGAUAAAAUUAAUGAAAAAAAUAGAAAUACAUUUAAAUCAUUACCUGAAGAUUUUGAAAUAGAUAAUAUAAAUAAUUUAGAUGAUGAAUUUUUACCACGUGGUGCAAAAAAAGAAGAUCUCUUAAAAGCUAUUAGAAAUAGAAGAAAUACAUUUCAAUAUAAAAUAAAUGAACCUAAUAAUGAAUAUAAUAAUGAUGGUUUAGAUCCAAAUGAAUAUAAAAAAAUAUUAAAAUCACUUGAUGAAACACCAGAAUGGAAAUUUGAAAAAUGGAAAAAGAAAGUAACACCAGAAUUCUUGAAUAAAUUUUUAGAUAAUUUUCUUCAAAGAAAAGGUGAUGAAAAUUUAGUAGAAAAAAAUCUUGAUGGAUGGUUAAAAGGUGAAGAUCCUUUACCUAACCAAGAUAAAUUAAAAGGAUAUAGUUUAAUUGAAAAACCUGAAAAAAAAAUAAAAGUAGCUGAAAUAAAAAAUUCUAAAUUUACUGGAAAUAUUAAUGAAAUUACAAUAUCUGGUGCUGAAGUUAUAGAAAAAGAAGCAGAACUUGAUAAAUCAUUAGCUGGUACAUAUUUAUUACCAUAUGUUUUUAAUUUAAUAGAAUUUGAUAUUGAAGCAUUAAAAAAUAAUGAAGAUGAUAAUUAUAACUCAAAUAGUUUUGCUAAAAUAAAAGAUACUACUGUAAAACUCAAAAAAGGUGGUGAAUUAAAACUUAAAAUAGUUGAUGUUGAUGGACCAGGAAUUCUUCCUAUUCUAACAGGUGGUGGUAAAACAACUAAAGUAGUAAGAUGUUUACUUACAUGUAUUUUUCCUGGAAAACAUAUUAUAUUGAUAACACCAAAUGAAGAAUUAGCAGCCGAUGCUGAAAAUCAUCAUAAUACCUGGUUACAAUAUAGUAAUGGGAUUCCUUACAAAUGUGUCAUACAUGGAAAACAAGGAGAAUUACCAUAUAUAGUAAAAAAUGGAGAAUUAGCAUCAUGGAAUAAAUUAAUUGGAUAUGAUAAUGAUGAUAAGGGUAAACCCAAUAAAAAAAAACCAAAAUAUGAAAAAAAAUCUAGUGCUGAUCCAGGAAAAUCAACAUUAUCAAUAUUACAAUUACAUCACUUAGUUAGAUAUAUUGCAUGUGAAAAA